AUCAGUGUAGCCCCCAUCAGUGCCACCUGUCAGUGUCCAUCUAUACCACUUGCCAUUGCCCAUCAAUGCCACCUGUCAGUGCCCAUCAGUGCACAUCAAUGCCACAUAUCAGUGCCCAUCUGAGCUGCCUUUCAGUGCCAACUAUCAGUGCCAGUCAGUGCCACUUAACAGUGCCAUACCAGUCAGUGCAGCCUAUCAGUGCCAGUCAGUGCUGCCUAUCAGUGCCCAUCAGUGCCACCUAACAGUUCCAGUCAGUGCCACCUAACAGUGCCAGUCAGUGCUGCCUAUCAGUGCCACCUAUCAGUACCAU